GCCUUCCUAACAUUAACACUGUGCUUGGCAUGGCAUUUCAAGGAAUACUUGAGCCAUUGGGGAUUCCCAGGUGGUGAGGUCCCAGAGCAACUUCUCAUCUUCUGUGGAAGGAGUGGUGUUAAACCCCAGAACACUUCAGCCAUGCUGUGGCUUUGGACUCUCCAGGGAAGGCAACUUGGGGAUUUUCUGCCGUCAUCUGUUCCCAGUUACGGUGGUUCCAGGGAGCUCCUUGGCCCGUUUCCACCACAGUCCGUCAGCUCCCGAGCCCACGCAAUGGGAGGUGGGGCCUCGAGGGGGUGGUAGUGGCCAGAGCACGGUGCAUCACCCUCACAGGACCUGGCUGGAGGGACAGUGCAGACACCACUUUCUGCUCCUGCUCUGCUGGGGACAGGCUGGCCCUUGGUGUGUGCACCACAAUGACGGUGAAGAAGACUCAGGCUCUGCAGGAUGGAAAUGCCAAGGAGAACGUGCUGCAGAGGGUGCUGCAGCUGCCCGUGGUGAGCUCCACCUGCGAGACGCUGCAGCGCAAGUACAGCAGCACCAAGGAGUCGCACCCGCUGAUGGCCUCGGUGUGCGAGGUGUACGAGCGCGGCGUGCAGGGCGCCGGCGCCCUGGCCAUGUGGGGCAUGGAGCCCGUGGUGCGCCGGCUGGAGCCCCAGUUCGCUGUGGCCAACAACCUGGCUUGCCGGGGCCUGGACCACCUAGAGGAGAAGAUUCCUGCUCUCCAGUACCCUGUCGACAAGCUCGCAUCUGAACUGAAGGACACCAUCUCCUGCCCCCUACAAAGUGCCAAAAGCACCAUUGGCAGCUCUGUGGAUAAGAUCAGGGAGCUGGCAGCAGAGGGGUAUGAGGCCACCAAAAGCACAGUGGAAACAACAGCCAAGUAUACGAGGAAGAAUUCAGUGACCCAGAUGGCAGCUGCAGGGGUCGACACAGCCCUGGGAGGGCUGGAGAAGCUGAUGGAAUACCUGCUGCCAGAGGAGGAUGAAGAAGCAGAUAAGAAGCCCAAAAAGAAACAUCUGUCAACACCCAAGGCCUCCCAGCAGCAGCCCAGCACUACCACCACUACCACCACUCUCAGCACUCCCAGUGCUCCCAGCGCUCCCAGGGCUUCCAGUGCUCCCAGCGCUCCCAGUGCUCCCAGCACUCCCAGGGUUCUCAGCACUUCCAGUGCUGCCAGAGCUCCCAGCGCUCCCAGCACUCCCAGCACUCCCAGUGCUCCCAGCACCCUGGGCCGGAUUGGUGCUUUGGUCAGCACCGUGUCCCACCGCGCUUACCAGCAAACCACCCAAAGCCUCCAGCGUGCCAAAACCAAAGGGCAGGAGCUGGCCUCCUGGAUCCCCAUCCUGGGCAGCCUGGCCAAGCCGAGUGCCCCCGUGGCCCCCCAGGCCCGCAGUGAUGGGCAGGGCAGCGCGGGUUGGCCGACCCGGCGCCAGAGCAAGGCACCAGAGCAGAGGCAGGAGAAGGCAGGGAAGAAAGACACCAGCCACACCAAGCAGGGACAGGAGCCCGGGCUCGUGGGCAGCGUGGCUCAGAACCUGCAAACCGCCUGUGCCUCCGGCAUCUCCAGCGUGAAGAAAGUCCCGGCCGUGGCCUGGGAUGCAGCAGAGGGCUUGAUCCUCUUCACCCCCCGCAGGCUGUCCAGGGCCAUGGAGACAGUGGAUGCUCUCGGGGGCACCCUCGUCAGUGCCCCUAAGCAUCUGCUGGGCACCCUGUACAGCUAUGUGCCGCUCCGCAGGCAGUCGGUGAAGGAAGAAGAAGCAUGCAGGGGCAGCAAGACUGACACGGAGAAGAAAGAGAAGAAGGAGGAAGAGGAGGAGACCAAGCCUGCUGCCGCCUCCAGUGAGGAGAAAUCCCAGCUGAGGAGCGACUGGCGGCAGUACCGCGGCCAUCACCCCCUCUCCUUCCUGGGGCUGGAGGAUCCCCUCUUCCUGCGGCACAACUACUACCGCAGCCCUGCCUUCGACCCCGACUACCCAUUCCCGCGGAAAUCCGCCUUCUCCCCCUACAACCGGCGCGUCAGCGAGGGCUCCUACCGCUUCAGCCCCGAGUCCAUGUACGGCCGGGCCUACUACGGCAACUUCUACAGUCCUGUCUUCAAGAAGGACUGAGCCAGCGGGCGGGACAUCCCAGCACAUCCCAGCCCCUCUCAGACCCCCUCAGCACGCUUUGCCUGGGCCCCUGCCAGCAGCCCACACACACCCCUGUUCCAGGACAGGAGCUUAAAGUGCUAGACAGGCCAUGGGAUAGCUUAUUCUGGAGUGCAUCAAGGCCAUGAUGGGGGAAUAAAGGCAACCAAAAGCCCUACUGCUGGAAGGAGGAGGUAGGGAAAGGUGGGACUAGAAAGGUGAAGGAGAUGUGGCAAGAGCAGUGAGACCAGAAGAAGGGACCGUCCAGGGCUACCUUGGACCCUGCUCAGCAAACAGAGUGAGCUUAGAGAACACAUUGAGAACAGCAGUGAGAGAGAGCAGGGAGGAUGGCAAAGCUGUCAAACAUCAGCAUAGCAAGCCUGUUUCCCUAUCCCUCCUCCCUCCAUCCCCCUUGCAGGGCCCAUCCCUAGGCACAGAUUGCUCCUCCAUGGAGGCACUGAAGAUCCCCACCAAAGAGCAGGAUUCAUGAGUGGGAAAGUCCUGGGCACUUCCCUCCCAGCUGGUGGUGGAAUGGAUGGUGGGGUCAGGAAAAAGGCUGGUGAGAACAGGUGGAGCUCCUGGAGCCCCUCUCCCACAGGAUCACCUGGCUUCCCACAACCUUGUUGCAUCUGCUGCAAUAAUAAACCUGCAAUAAUAAACCACCUGCCACUCA